AUGGUGAGGGGGAUGCCCAAAUCAAGACCUAUCAAAGCGGCGGCCGAGGUGGUCUUCGACCCGUCCGUCUCUGGCCCCCGGAAGCCGCGCCGUGCCGAGGCGCCCUCGUCGAGCAGCGAGUAUCACCACUUCAUGGGGUCGAGUCUUUCAAAUAUGUACCACAAGCCAGCUCCGGCGAAAUCUACCGACAUGUCUGAUGAUGAGCCUGACAUUGAUAUUGAGAAGUUGUUGAAAGAUGUUGAGCUUUUCGGUGCCACUACAUGGAAGGACAAGAAUAAAAUACAGAACCGCAAAGUAGUUGAACUGGGUGGAAAGGCCAUUAAGAAGCAGCGUACACCAUUAUCUGUGGCAAUCCCAGCUAUGAAGAAUCAGCAGAAAAGAGAACAAAAGAAGAUUGAGGAGGAAAGACUGCUUGGGAUUUUUAGGAAACAAAACAAGAAUAAGAAAUUUGAGAAGCUUAGACCAGAGGACCGAGUACUCAGGGCAACUGAAGGGCGCUUCAAGAACGGUAUACUCGAUGUGAAGCACCUCAUGGGAGGACCAAAGCAGUCCUCGUCGUCAUCGUUCAGAGAUGCGCCGGAGCGGGAGAUGAGAAAGGGUAAGAAAGGGAAAGGAAAGGGAAAGGGGAAAGGAAAGGGGAAGGGAGGCCGAAGGAACAGACGUUGA